AGCUGUCAUGUGGGUUGAGAUAACAGCUGAUCUUGUUACCCGACUGUUGUUGUCAAGGUCAGUAGUAUCUGUCCAGAACUGGGCCGGCUCCGAGAGACUCACGUAACGAUGUCGUCGACGGCGGAUUUCACAUUUGACAACAACUUCGACAUUACUGACGAUGUCAAGAAAGCCUUUGAUGACCAUGGAUACAUUAUUAUCAGAGGCUUGCUGGAUGCAGAAGAAAUGACCCAACUCAAGAAAACCGUCAACGACCACAACGCCAUAUCAGAGAACGCUUACGGGCUUCCAGAUGGAGAUGGCGGCGAGGGGAAAAUGGUUAUUUGGAGCCAUCCCGGAAAUGACGUCACUGGCAUCAUAGCUCGAAGUGAAAAGGUGGCAGGAUUUUCAGAAAAGCUUCUUGGUGGAGAGGUGUAUCACUACCACAGCAAGCUAACGAUGAAGAACGCUAAGGGCGGAGGCAAGUUCAUCUGGCACCAGGACUAUGGCUACUGGUACCAAAAUGGCUGCCUAUUCCCUGACAUGCUCAGUGUCUUUAUUCCGGUCGAUCGCUGUGUGAAGGAAAAUGGCUGCCUCGAGAUUCUCGAUGGCUCCAACAAAUGCGGUCGAAUAGAACACCAAUUUCGUGAAGGGCAACAUGGGGCUGACACAGACAGGGUUAAGGAAAUAAGAAACCUUUGUCCUCAUAAAUAUGUGGAGCUUGAACCAGGGGACGCCCUGUUCUUCAGCUGCCUCCUCCUCCACACCAGCGGCUCCAACAACAGCAACAUGAGACGCUGGGUCUUCAUCCCUUGUUACAACAGGGCCAGCAACGACCCCGUGUAUGAGCACCAUCACCCACAGUACACUAAACUGUACAAGGUACCAAACAGUCGGAUAAAGGAAUGUAGGAACUACAAUGACGUCAGCGGGAAAGAAUUUAUUGAUGUCAAGAAGGACAAAACGGUUAAAGUUGGGACAAUCGACAAGGAACAGAAGUGAGGCUGAAGACACCAUGCAUCACUCAGCUACAAGCAUCUAUAUAGCCCAUACCACCUCACAUUACACUAUUUUCCUUUGAAUAUUCUUUGUAGUUCAAAUUACAUAAGACAAUAACAUAAGAAAGUUGUAUUUAACUAUUUGAUCGAUUCUAUCGAACCAAUUGCUUCCAAUCUUCUCGCAAUUUAUUCAAUAUUCUGAAGUCACAAUCGAUGUAAUUAUUUAAUGUCAAUACGAUUUUAUGUAUAUUGGAUAUAACUGACUGAUUUAGAGAGCACCUUAGUGUGUGGUUUGAUGUUGUCGCAACAUAUAUAUUUAAAUGAAUAUAUCAGCUUAUAAGAUCUGUCAUUCAUAAGUUCUUUUGUAAUUUGGACAUAUUUCGAAGACUUGAUUCUCAUUAGUGAUCUUGAUUGAAAUGUACAUUUAUAUCAUGAAAAUAAGCGUUUUAAGCAUACCCCACCGUGUGGAUUAAGCGCUAUAUAAAAUAAAUAUAAAUGCAGAAAAGA